CCCGCCGCUCUGCCUCACAAGUCACAACUCACAAGCGAUUGGUUUCUCGGUCGAGCUCACGGAAGAAUCGCUCGUUUUGAAGACCAAAAUCUCGAGGCAAGAAUCGUCGGUUCUGAUCGGAAGGCAAGGCGAGAGAGCCGGUGUUGCCAUGGAGUCGGAGCUGCAGGCGGCGCUGAUCAAGGUGGGCGUGUUCGUGCUGGUGCAGGCGCUGGUGUACCUCAUCCUGUCGCAGUCCUCCACCGUGUUCUCGCGCACCAAGAGCCUCAGCCUCCGCCCCGCGCGGUCCCUCAGCGCGCGCCGCAUGCUCGCGCUGCUCUCCGACCUGCCGCCUGGCGGGGAGCCCUCGCCCGUCGCCGUCGCCGUCGCCGGGACGCUGUCGCGCGUACUCGCCGCCGACCGGAAGGAGGACUGAGGCCGAUCGAUCCGUAACACGGACAAGCUUAACUUCGCUGGUUCAUGGCUAGUUUAGUUGAUGAUCGUGUCCUUUGUUAUGCAUUUGGCUCGCGUAGGCGUGUAACGACUCACCAUUCUUUCAUUCUUUUUGAUCGAUUGAUGUGUUGCUUUGGUACUUUGGUUUGUUUGUAACUGGCUUGGAUAUCCAAGUUUCAUGGACCUUCGAUUUGUACGUAUACAAACUAUUUGUGGUUGUUCUGUGUCA